AAGAAUCACUGAGAAAUGAUUUUCGCAAAAAUAAAAUAACUAUAAUAAAAGAAAAUUAAAAGUGAAUAGUUUACAAUGGGUGGCACAACACCGCUUCUCCAAUAUAUAUAAAACUGUCUCCACCUUUCCACAUAGUUAAAAAAAAAAAAAAGAAUAAAAUCAGUUUCUUGUUUCCUUAAAGAAAAUAGAAAACAAUGGAACCGUCUCUUCGUGCUCAUGUGAUGCUCGUAUCAUUCCCAGGCCAAGGUCACAUAAACCCUCUUCUUCGUCUCGGAAAGCUCAUAGCCUCUAAAGGCUUACUAGUCACCUUUGUCACCACAGAACAGCCAUGGGGCAAGAAGAUGCGUCAAGCCAACAAGAUUCAAGACGGCGUGCUCAAACCGGUCGGUUUAGGUUUCCUCCGGUUCGAGUUCUUCGACGACGGGCUAACCGACGACGAUGAAAAAAGAAAAGCAAACAACUUCCAUGCCUUCCGACCACACCUUGAAGUGGUCGGAAAACGAGAGAUCAAGAAUCUCAUCAAGAAAUACGAGGAAGACAAGGAACCGGUGACGUGUCUAAUAAACAACGCUUAUGUGCCUUGGGUAUGUGACGUGGCCGAUGAGCUUCAAAUCCCUUCGGCUGUUCUAUGGGUCCAGUCUUGCGUUUGCCUCGCCGCGUAUUACUAUUAUCACCACUGGUUAGUAAACUUUCCGACCAAAACAGAACCGGAGAUUAACGUUGAAAUCCCUUGUUUACCAUUGUUGAAGCAUGAUGAGAUCCCAAGCUUUCUCCACCCUUUUUCUCCCUAUGUACCUUACGGAGAAGUCAUUUUAGACCAGUUCAAGCGACUUGAAACCCACAAGCCUCUCUAUGUUUUCAUUGACACUUUUCAAGAACUAGAAAAAGACAUCAUCGACCACAUGUCAAACCUUUGCCCUCAAGUCAAAUUCAGCCCUGUCGGUCCACUCUUCAAGAUGGCUCAAAACAUAAGCUCUGACGUUAAGGGAGACAUCGCCAAGCCAGCGAGUGACUGCAUGGAGUGGCUCGACUCGAGAGAACCAUCCUCAGUGGUUUACAUCUCCUUUGGGACUAUAGCCCACUUGAAGCAAGAGGAGAUUGAGGAGAUCGCUCAUGGUGUUUUGAGAUCUGGCUUGUCGUUUUUAUGGGUGGUUCGGCCUCCCAUGGAAGGAUCAACCGAGAAACCACAUGUUUUGCCUGGAGAGCUCGAAGAGAGAGGGAAGAUCGUUGAAUGGUGUCCACAAGAGAGAGUGUUGGCACAUCCUGCGGUUGCUUGCUUCUUAAGUCACUGCGGAUGGAACUCGACUAUGGAGGCUUUGUCUGCUGGAGUUCCUGUGGUUUGUUUUCCGCAGUGGGGAGAUCAGGUUACUGAUGCGGUUUACUUGGUCGAUGUUUUCAAGACAGGAGUGAGACUUGGCCGUGGAGCGGCUGAGGAGAAGAUUGUUCCGAGGGAAGUUGUUGCCGAGAAGCUGCUUGAGGCGACGGUUGGGGAGAAGGCGGUGGAGCUUAGAGAAAAUGCUCGGAGGUGGAAGGAGAAGGCGGAGGCCGCCGUGGCGUACGGUGGAUCAUCUGAUAGGAACUUUCAAGAGUGUGUGGACAAGUUAGUUACGAAACCUGUGGUGAGAAAAGAGGAAGGAAAAAGCUAGUGAUAAUGUCUCGUAAGACUCCAAAGUGUUGAUGUAACUCCAAAUUACAUAAACCACAACUUCUUCUCCACUUAUUUUAUAUAUAAAAGACAAUCAACUUU